AUGUGGUGGUCCCUGGCGGUCCUCGUGGGCCUGUACUACCUCCUGCGCUGGUACCGGGAGAGACAGGUGGUGAGCCACCUCCAGGACAAGUACGUCUUCAUCAUGGGCUGUGACUCGGGCUUUGGGAACCUGCUGGCCAGGCAGCUGGACCUGCGAGGCUUGAGGGUGCUGGCUGCAUGUCUGACGGAGAAGGGGGCCCAGCAGCUGAGAAGCCAGACAUCAGACAGGCUGGACACGGUGAUCCUGGAUGUCACCAAGACAGAGAGCAUCUUGGCGGCCGCCCAGUGGGUGGAGGAGCGUGUGGGGGACAGAGCACUUCAACAAUACCUCGUGGUUCGCUACAAAAUCGUUUCCUACCUUGUAUCCCCCGCAUUCAGUACACAUCAGGUCUUGGUAAACGGCUUUGUUGUGAGGGAGCUCACCUACUUCGGGGUGAGGGUAGCUGUGAUCGAGCCUGGUUACUUCAGCACUAACGUGACCAACCCUGAGAAGAUUUCCAGGGGCUUCCAGGAGACAUGGGACCGGCUGAGCCCGGAGGUCAGGGAGGCCUAUGGGGAGGAGUUCCUGGCCUCUGGUGAGUGA